UGAAGGACAGGAAAUUACAGCUAGACGCCGACAUCAGCGGAUGUCCUGGGGGGACUAGGUGACUAGGUGAACUUGUUGGGAUGCGUCUUUUGUGACGUGCCAUGGCCGAGCCAUGCCGGGAAGCCUGCCCGGGCCACCCGCCAGUCUGCCAAAAGCGCCGACUCCGGGGCCAACUGAAAGCGGAGGGCCCAGGGCUCUUCCCCUGGGGGCCCUGCCACGGAUACCGAAGCCUGAGCCGAAGCUGGAGCUACCAGAGCCUGAGCUACAACGGAGCAGUAGCAACGAAAGCGGAGAGCUGGUGUCUGCCGUCAGCUCUGUGACCAAGCAGGCUGAGAUCACCACUCCACCUUCUGUCUUGCUGCGCUUGCCGGCCUGGGAUGCUGGCUCUCCCUUCCGACCACCAAUCUUUUGCGGUCCUGCACCAGCCGAGGUGGCCGGGCGAGCUGGGCCAGAUUCUCCGCGUGAGGCCGGUGCUGGCCAAGCAGUCGAGGCUGCGGUGAAGGCCAAGGAAGAGCCAGUUGCCGUGGAGGAUGGUGCUGGCCGAGCAAGCGAGGCUGUGACAAAGGCCAAGGAAGAGGCAGCUGCUGUGGAGGAUGCUGCUGGCCAAGCAAGCAAUGCUGUGGCAAAGGCCAAGGAAGAGGUAGCUGCUGUGGAGGAUGGUGCUGGCCGAGCAAGCCAGGCUGUGGCAAAGGCCAAGGAAGAGGCAGCUGCUGUGGAGGAUGCUGCUGGCCAAGCAAGCAAUGCUGUGGCAAAGGCCAAGGAAGAGGUAGCUGCUGUGGAGGAUGGUGCUGGCCGAGCAAGCGAUGCUGUGUCGAAGGCCAAGGAAGAGGCAGCUGCUGUGGAGGUGCCUCCUGCUUCUGUUUUGCAGGGAGCUGCCGCCACAUCUUCAGAUGCUCCAGGCAGGCCUCCCGCCAUGACGUCCCAGGCAUCAGUGCGAGACGAGCCGAGCGAGCACACGGCGGAGGAGGCAGAGGAUGCUGAGUCAGGCUCUGGCGACUCUGAUGCUACCGUCAAAGAUGGCUGCGAUCUGAAUCGCCAUGCGGAGGAUGUGGCUCGUUGGACUGCCGAAGCACCGGCGGUUCCUGCACAGACCACGCCUGUGGUUGAAGCAGAACCCCGAAGGCCAAGGCGCCAGCGGGUCACCACUCUGCCUCCAACGGCACGAGCAUCGGACCGCUCGAGCCAAGAGGAGGUCCAGCGAGUUUUCCAGCAGAUGAACGAUCGGCGGCGCCGCAUGGCGAGCUUGGAGGAUUUGCGCGCCUACCUGGGUGAUGGCCUUGGCUUCGGCCAGGCGGAGAUCGAGCGCUUUUUCGAGCGCACAGCUGACCCGCAGACUCAUGGAGUGACUGUCGAUAGCCUUCUUCGCAGCUUCAGCCACUUGAAUCCGUUCCAAAUCUCCGAGCGCUCUGGGGAGCUCAUUAUCCGCAAGCCUGGCUCGCUGCACGGUCAACAGGUGAACCUCGAGGCUCUUGAAGACUGUCAAGUCUUCAUUUGCGACACCUCCGCGCAAGUCUUCAUGGACUAUUGCUCGAAGAGUUGCGUCCUGCUGGGCCCCUGCCAAUCUUCCGCAUCCAUCCGGAACUGCGAAGACUGCACGGUGUGGUGUGCUGCACAACAGCUGCGGACCAGAGACUGCAAGCGCUGCACCUUCUAUUUGUACACCAAGACGGCGCCCAUCAUCGAGUCCUCCUAUGAUCUGACCAUCGCUCCCUGGUGCGCCAAGUACCCUUGCUCUGGCGCCCACUUCGACAAGAUGGGCUUUGAUGUGACCCGCAACAUGUGGAACGCCGUCUUCGACUUCAGCGGGGAAAAGGACCGGCCCCACUGGCGCAUCCCCGGGCUGCAGGAGCUAGAGGAGCUGGUGGUGUCAUUGGAUGGCGAGGGGCCCCCAGAGAACCGCGCCUUGGCGGUGACCCACGAGCGCCUUUGCGCCGAACCUUUGCAGUCCGAGGAGUCCUGCGGCCAGGGCCUCGCCAUCCCCCAGCCCCGGCCGCCGCUGCCUUCUCCGCCCGGCGACGACGCCGCGGCGGUUUCGCGCACGCGGCGGGUGGUGGACCAACCAGGCAAGACCUCACCAGCGAUCACCGAGAUGGAGGAGUCUUGGAUCUGCAGGCACUGCACCUUACAGAACUCCCCAGGGGAAGCCUCUUGCGCUGCCUGCAGGCAGCCGAGGAUUGGAGAGGGAACGCUGCAGAGCUUCUGGACGUGUCCCAUCUGCACUUUGCAAAACAGCACCAGCCAAAGUCGCUGCGCCGCCUGUGGUCACCGCCUUGCCGUUGCACCAAGCGCCGGGUUUUCAGCAACACAAGCGUUCAGCGAGAUGAGCACGGAGCCGCCAAAGAAGUCUGGCUUUUGCUCUUUCCUUGCGGAAGCAGUGCGGCCAUUGUGCAUGAAGUCGAAGGACAUGACCCGUACAUGAGGCGCCCGGUGCCGCGUGAAGAAGGCCAAGGCUAAGAAGGAGCAAGGACUCGGCGGAGGACAAAGAACCUGGGUGAACUUGGACGUGCUUCAACAAGCGCAAGAGAGCAC